GUCAACAAUGUAGCGAUUGAGAGUGUGGGCGUUCCGGGGAGAGCGCGAGCCGCGCGGCGCGGAGCAAACAGCGCCGAGCCGCCGCCGCCUCAGCAGCAGCAGCAGCAGCAGCAGCAGCGGCUGUGCACGCCCGGGCUGCGGUCGCACAGCGCUAACGUGAGCGGCCGCCGCCCUCGCCACCCCGCCUGCCCACUCCCGCCGCCGCCCCGCUCUCGCUUUCCCCUCGGCCUCCCCUCGCCCCUUCCCCUCCCCCUUCCCGGCGCACUCGGGGGGCUGGGAACGAGCUGCCAUGUGAUGCGCGUCCCCUCCGCGAGCUUUCGGUGACCCCCGAACUGCCCACCUCGCCGGCUGCCGGGAGGGGGCUGCGAGCCGGGAAGACGCGGGGAAGAGGAGGCGGAAAAGGACGCAAAGUUCUCCGGCGAGUGCAGCUGUCUGCUUCAGAAAGUGAGGGCUCCAGGAAUGAGGAGAAUCUUCAAGAGCUGCCUCGCAUUGUGACAUGUCUGAUCCCUUGCUCCCAUCCCUGCAGCAUGAACAAGGUGGACACUCACUGACCUGUCACAAGGUUCCCCCACAAAACUUAGGGGUCCAUGUCUGAAUGGAUUGCCGGAGCCUUCUCAUCUCUCCCUUCGCCCAGUUCCCUGCAUCCUAAGACUCGAAGCCAGCACAGGACCUGGAAAAAUUACAUGGUGUGAACGGCAUGUCUGUGGAUGAGAAGCCUGACUCCCCCAUGUAUGUGUAUGAGUCCACAGUCCACUGCACCAACAUCCUCCUGGGCCUCAAUGACCAGCGGAAAAAGGAUAUUCUCUGUGACGUGACUUUGAUCGUGGAGAGGAAGGAGUUCCGGGCCCACCGGGCUGUGCUGGCCGCAUGCAGUGAAUACUUUUGGCAGGCGCUGGUUGGACAGACAAAAAAUGACUUGGUGGUCAGCUUGCCUGAGGAGGUCACGGCCAGGGGCUUUGGGCCACUGUUACAGUUUGCCUACACUGCCAAGCUGUUACUCAGCAGAGAAAACAUCCGCGAGGUCAUCCGCUGUGCUGAGUUCCUGCGCAUGCACAACCUGGAGGACUCCUGCUUCAGCUUCCUGCAGACCCAGCUCCUGAACAGUGAGGAUGGCCUGUUUGUGUGCCGGAAGGAUGCUGCAUGCCAGCGCCCGCACGAGGACUGUGAGAACUCUGCAGGAGAGGAGGAGGAUGAAGAGGAGGAAACGAUGGAUUCAGAGACGGCCAAGAUGGCUUGCCCCAGGGACCAGAUGCUUCCAGAGCCCAUCAGCUUUGAGGCCGCCGCCAUCCCUGUAGCAGAGAAGGAAGAAGCCCUGCUGCCCGAGCCUGACGUGCCCACGGACACCAAGGAGAGCUCAGAAAAGGAUGCGUUAACGCAGUACCCCAGAUACAAGAAAUACCAGCUUGCAUGUACCAAGAAUGUCUAUAAUGCAUCAUCACACAGUACCUCAGGUUUUGCAAGCACAUUCCGGGAAGAUAACUCUAGCAACAGCCUCAAGCCGGGGCUUGCCAGGGGGCAGAUUAAAAGUGAGCCGCCCAGUGAAGAGAAUGAGGAAGAGAGCAUCACGCUCUGCCUGUCUGGAGAUGAGCCUGACGCCAAGGACAGAGCAGGGGAUGUCGAGAUGGACCGGAAACAGCCCAGCCCUGCCCCUACCCCCACGGCCCCAGCUGGGGCCCCCUGCCUGGAGAGAUCCAGGAGCGUGGCCUCGCCCUCCUGCUUAAGGUCUCUGUUCAGCAUAACGAAAAGUGUGGAGCUGUCUGGCCUGCCCAGUACAUCUCAGCAGCACUUUGCCAGGAGUCCAGCCUGCCCUUUUGACAAGGGGAUCACUCAGGGUGACCUUAAAACUGACUACACCCCUUUCACAGGGAAUUAUGGACAGCCCCACGUGGGCCAGAAGGAGGUGUCCAACUUCACCAUGGGGUCGCCCCUCAGGGGGCCUGGGUUGGAGGCUGUCUGUAAACAGGAGGGAGAGCUGGACCGGAGGAGCGUGAUCUUCUCCUCCAGUGCUUGUGACCAAGUGAGCACCUCGGUGCAUUCUUAUUCUGGGGCGAGCAGUUUGGACAAAGACCUCUCUGAGCCGGUGCCAAAGGGUCUGUGGGUGGGAGCUGGCCAGUCCCUCCCCAGCUCGCAGGCCUACUCCCAUGGUGGGCUGAUGGCCGACCACUUGCCAGGAAGGAUGCGGCCCAACACCAGCUGCCCGGUGCCAAUCAAAGUCUGCCCUCGCUCACCCCCCUUGGAGACCAGGACCAGGACUUCCAGCUCCUGUUCUUCCUAUUCCUACGCGGAGGACGGGAGCGGGGGCUCACCCUGCAGCCUCCCUCUCUGUGAGUUCUCCUCCUCGCCCUGUUCCCAGGGAGCCAGAUUCCUUGCCACAGAACAUCAGGAACCAGGCCUGAUGGGAGAUGGAAUGUACAACCAAGUGCGGCCCCAAAUUAAAUGUGAGCAGUCUUACGGAACCAACUCCAGUGACGAAUCCGGAUCGUUCUCGGAAGCAGACAGUGAGUCGUGUCCUGUGCAGGACAGGGGCCAGGAGGUAAAACUUCCUUUUCCUGUAGAUCAAAUCACAGAUCUUCCAAGGAACGAUUUCCAGAUGAUGAUUAAGAUGCACAAGCUAACCUCAGAACAGUUAGAGUUCAUUCAUGAUGUCCGACGGCGCAGCAAGAACCGCAUCGCAGCCCAGCGCUGCCGCAAGAGGAAACUGGACUGUAUUCAGAAUUUAGAAUGUGAAAUCCGCAAAUUGGUGUGUGAGAAAGAGAAACUGUUGUCAGAGAGGAAUCAGCUGAAAGCAUGCAUGGGGGAACUGUUGGACAACUUCUCCUGCCUUUCCCAGGAAGUCUGCCGAGACAUCCAGAGCCCCGAGCAGAUCCAGGCCCUGCAUCGGUAUUGUCCUGUCCUCAGACCCAUGGACUUGCCCACGGCCUCCAGUAUUAACCCUGCGCCCUUGGGUGCUGAGCAGAACAUUGCGGCCUCCCAAUGCGCAGUGGGGGAAAAUGUGCCCUGCUGCUUGGAGCCAGGUGCGGCUCCCCCCGGACCCCCCUGGGCACCCAGCAACACCUCCGAGAAUUGUACCUCUGGGAGGAGACUAGAAGGCACUGACCCGGCAACCUUCUCAGAGAGAGGACCUCCUCUUGAACCCAGGAGCCAAACAGUGACCGUGGACUUCUGCCAGGAAAUGACUGAUAAGUGUACAACUGACGAACAGCCCAGGAAAGAUUACACCUAGUGACUCGGCCCUGCCUCCCAGUCCACACACCUCUCCCAUUCAGGCGUUCUUCAGUCAGCCUGUGGCACUGUUCAUCUGCUGUCCCGAAGAAACCGAGAACACAUUUGGUGCACACUACAGCGGUCUUAGCAGCAAUACUGUUCCGAAGUAUUCUCUCCUCUUCUCGAGCAGGAGCGAUAGAUAGUUACCUUCACAAUGGUGCUACCCCUUGCCCAGGCAAGGAAAGACAGCAGUGAUGACACUGUCUGUCUGUGGCUCAAUUUCAGUCUUCACAGGGAUAGACUACAACACCUCUAGGCCCCAACCACGGAUUUUUUUUCUCAGUGGCCCAUGUCACAAACCCUAUCUCAGGAAUUUCUUCUGAAUGUUCAAUUUUUUUCAUUGAAGACAGCUUCUAUACACAUCAAAGUUUUAUAGCUAGACUGUACAUAUUAUAUAUAAUAUAUAUAUAAAUAUAUAUAUAUAUAUAUAUCCAUAUGCAAAAGUCCUGCAUGCCUCAACUUUCUCAUCCUAAAACUGGAAACUUAUUUCUUGUUUAGAAACAGGUUCCAACAUUCCUCUUCUUUUGUCUCUGAUGCUAGAACUAGUUUGGUAACUGUUAACAUGGUCAUUUUUCUUGCUUCACAGUUCAAUUUUCAAUUUGUACUUAUUUAUGGACAAAAUUCAGUGUUGGAAGCUUUUUCCCAAGGCUUUAUUUCAGAUUUCUUUUUCGUUUGGUUUGGUUUUGGCACCGCCAAGUGGUGUCAUUUGAGCAUUGUGGGUUUGUUUUUUGUUUGUUUGGGGGGUUUUGUUUGUUUUUGUUUUUGUUUUUUUCCUUGCAGAUACUGUACAGUAAUGGUCAACUUUGCCACUUGCACUGAGUUUUGGGUCAAACCUAUUUUCUUAAAUGAAGUUGUAACUUCGGUAUAACUCAAGUAUACUGUAUAUUCUUUGCUUUUAGUUAAAAAAGUAAAACAUUUUAGCUAAUUAAAAAGCACUCAGGUGAUAAUUAUGUAGGAAAAACAAUCUUGCCAAAUAAUGAAUUCAUCCUAGGAUGUGUAGACAAUAAUCUGCUUGAAUAUUUUUAUAUUUCACCUCCUCCCCACCUUUCCCUAAGCAAAGUUUAAAUGCAGAUAGAGAGUUCAGAGUUGAUGCUGGAUGUUCAGAUUCCUAAGUGGGGAGAGAGUUUGGACAUCUCACUCAAAAGUACAUCAGAAAAACAGGAAUCCGUGAUUUUAUACCAGAACUCAGCAGGCAUUGGCUCCUAGAAAUCAAGUUAGAACGUUUUCACCCAGGGAGUAAGUCCCAUUCAUUUCAACACGUCCUGAGGCCUCGGCUUGCUCUCGGAAGUGUUGUGCAGUAGGACCUGCUCCCCUGAAGGAUGGGGCCAACCAGCCACUGGCUUUCCUGCCCAGGCUCGGCCUCCCAGGACAUCUGGCCAGAGGGGAUUUGAAUCACAGCCCCGAAGGUCCUGCCUUCACCCCGUUGGGAGAGAGAGCAGGGCAUCCUGACAUCUGCGAUCCAUCCCUGACACAGGCUGACACAUUCUUUCUCCUUUCCUUCUCCAAAGGCUUGGAGUUUUCUUCUGAGGUUUUUCUGCCAGUGUCUUGUCUGAAGGCAGACUUCAUUCUGAGGCUUUGGACAAGCCAUCACCUGGAACCCUCCCUGUCCCCUUCCCGAAUCACACACAUACCCUACCCUCACCUGAUGAUAAUUUUCUCUUCUUGCUGCAAAACUGGUUGGCUUGCAACCCAGAGAGAGCAGCUUCCCUUGGUUCUGGGGCCGUGUUGGCCCCAGCCACGUUUACAGGAAGGUGUGCCCCAGAGGAGGAGGAAUCAGCUCCCUCACUCCAGUGGCCUUGGGUCCAGGUCUCACUGAGCAGCCCAAGGGCCACUCCAGCCCGGCUGGGGAAGAGAGUCCUGAACGGUUUGAUGUGGGGAUGGGGUGGUGGGCAGUGGGGAAUAGAUGGUUGACUUUGUUUCUUUAUUUGUGCCAUUGUUUGGACAAUAUUAAAGCUGCAUGUAAACGGGGAAAUUAGUAUAUGAUGUAGGCUAAAAGUGAAAUCAUAGUAACAUAUGUUUUAGUAUUAUUAACUUUUUUCUGUACAAAUAUUAGCACUAAAUGUUUAAAUAUGUAUGAAUGCCAGAAAUUUGUCAGUUCAUGCAGUAGGAAAAAAAAGAAAAGGCUUUUCUUUUUAAACAGUUCCACUUUUAAAACCUGCCUCUGGGUUUUUGUUUUUUCUCGUGUGUGUGUGUGUGUGUGUGUGUGUGUGUGUGUGUGUGUGCGCGCGCUUGUCUGAAACAGACCUUGAUAAAGCUCUGUGUUGGAGCUGCUGGUUUUUGUUAUGGUUGUUGGAAUUUCUUGGCCUACUAGGACAGUUGUGUGCUUCACCGUGAGGUUUGCCUUUGUGGAAAACUGGUGACAGCGAGAAUAUAAACUCAAUGUGAAUCACGUGAUACUUCACAGGCAUAUGUUACGGUGGAGUCAGCUGACAGUAUUUUGUGUUUUAACUCUAUCGUUGCCUUUCCAAGUGACCUCUCCUCUUCUUUUAAAAAAAGAACACUUUCUGCUCAUAUCAUAACCAGGUCCAACCCAGCUUCUUGGCAUGAGGUUUACCCUGGUAACAACUCACGUGCAACUGGUAGUCUUGACCACAUUCCUUCCAUUUCCCCAGGUUUCUGUGGUUCAGUAGCCCAGACCUGUUUGGCAGCCAUUUCUAGGAGGGGCGGGGUCUCUUUAUUUCUCUCCAUUUCUCUCCACCCUCAGACCUCACCUUCCUCCCACCCACCCCUGCCUUGCUUUUCUUCCUCUUCCCCCAACCUAACUUCUGCCAUGGGAACUGGUUAAAAACAGUGCUCUAAAAACCAUUUUCCAAUUUCAUAGAGAUUUCUAUAAAGUUAUUUGAUUCAUAAUCCACCAUGAACAGUGACUAGCUUCGUGCAGUUGUUCAUGCGAUGUGUGUGUGUCUUUUCCUAUUCAGAACUAUGUGCUUGUCAAAAUUAUUUCUGGGUUGAUUCAAAGGGAGGACUUGCUGGGGACCAGAAUCCAAACGGCCUCAAGUGGAAUUUUAAAACCCAGCCUGUCUCUUUUCCCUGGGAUCCGUCGGUCAACCCCACGCCUUUUAGGAAAAAGAAAAGCGAGUGAACAGCAAGGAAGAGUGUUUGCACAGUACAGUAACAUUUGGUUGUUCUUAAGGCUCUUUUCUUACAAAAAUAAGAGACCCUCCAACCACGGGCUGUUUAGGAGGAUGCCUGCUUGGGUCUCCGAAUGGCUGGGGUAGGAAUGGUUGUUGGGGCAGAGCCAGUGGAGGUGACCCUGAGACUAAUGAACAUCCCACCUAAAUCCAGUCCUCCCCUUGGAUCUGCCUUUGUCCUGCUUGUGUCUCCAGGCAACCUCUCUUCAAGUUGGUGUUGGUCAGGCUUUGGGCAGGUGAGUGCUUUGCUGUAUGUGUUUGUUUCUCUGCGUUAUCUGGGGGUGCCUUGAUUAAAAUCGAACUUUAUUACAUACUGAUUCUGGAACAAAACAGUUGUUAGAAAAACUUUAAAAAAAAAAAAAACCGACAAAGUUACGAGGCCAUCCUGCUACUUCUCUUCUGAGUUCCCAGCAAUGACUCAGGCGUAAGAGAUGAUGCUGCAGUGGAAAACCUGACUGUGUGUGUCUGCAACUGAAUGUUGUGCGAGUAAUUUAUUAACUGUCUUUCUAAAGGUUUGCUGCUUUUAAGAUGCACUAUAAUUCGGGAUGUAAUCCUUAUAUUGCUUUUCCAAGGAAGUGAAAAAAAGGCUAGUGAUUAGUAUGCCAACUGCCACUACUCCUUCAAAAGGAGCCAGGACCAGCGACAAGACUCAUGAGAGGACUGGCUAAAGUGAAGUGUGCACAGUGUGAAUUUUAGUGCUGUUGUCAAGAGGCCUAAACCCACAUUUUCUCUUUUAAUAUUUUAUGAUUGCCAUCAAAGAAGAAGAAAAAGAAGGAACAAAGGUUUGAAAAUGAUAAACCUGUUAAGACACCAAAAACUCCUGUCCCGUGAAGCUGCUUGACAUCCUGUGGAGUAGCAUAAUCCUCUCAAAAUGAGGAAGAGCUGCCUGCAAAGCUUUCUCAAGUCCCUGUUUGGCUACCUACUUCUCUACAUUAUGCCCCAUUUAAACUAGGAGCUGUUUUAGAAAUGACUUCAAACUGCUCCACUGUUGCUUACAGUUUAGGAGGAGUCUCAGAUCCAGAAGGAGCAAAAAUCAAGUUCGGUCCUCAAAUGACUGUAAAUAGACUAAAGAACAAGGUGGUUUUUGUUUUUGUUUUUGUUUUUGUUUUUUAAGAAUAAAGCUGUUCGUUGUAUCAGGAGUUAGUGUUUCUUCCCCAAAUUGAAGACUGUGUUGGAAGUGCAAUUUCUGGUGAGUCAGUCCACAAUACAAUGCCCCGUGUGGAGUUGGUAUUCAUACAGGAAGUCUGUGUGCACGAGGCAUUGUGUGUUGAAAGUGUAUGUUUAUAGUACUGCCCGAGCCAUCUCAUGACCCCAGCAUCCAAAACCGAUGCUGUAGAACAGAACAUAUUUGUACACAAAUAGUGUGUGCAGAUAGCAUUUGUACAUAGAAAAGUCUUAUUGUGGCAGAUUGAGGAUAAAUUAUUCAACUGACGGUGCAAAAACAUUACUUGCAAAGAAAAGUAAGUUUAUAGUAUUUUCCUACACUCCACCCUGGGAGAUGAUAUUUCUAUCAAAUGAGUAUCAGUGCAUUUUAAAUGUAAUAUGAAAACGAUGCUGCCAUUUUGUGAAGAAUACCCACUUGGUUGCAGAGGCCAACUUUCAUAGCUUUGAUUUAAUGUUGUGACAUGGUGUAUGCAUUUCGCUGUCAAGCAAUGGAUAAACAGCUCUGACUUUCAUUCUCAUUCCAGUUUAUUGACCUCAGAUAAAACACUGGCCCUUCUUAGAAGCAGAAGUGUGCACCAAGACCAUUCAUUUCAGGUAGACUCACAUUCAGUGCCAAGUGCUCCCAUGGGAAUAAUCAGAUGCAUAUGUUGCGAAAGAGUGAAGGGACUUGGACAAAGAGGGGUUUUCCUACAGAUGGAUGCUCAGUCUUCUACCAAAACAUGUUUGGAGGCAGAAGUAUGACCUCCCCUUAAGUCCCAACAAUGUAUUUUGUGUGUGCAAAUCCUGGGAUGCCCAUUCACGCUCUGACAUAAAGACAUGGCACCUCUAGUGAGUGAUCAGGAAGAUUCCAUAUGCAUUUGGGAGCUUCAGGUGCUUGUUAGACACAGUGAGCCAUUCAAGGCAGGCACCACCUUUGCUAGUGAGGCCAAGAGGGCCUGUGACAAUUUGUUCCAGAACCAGUCUGAUGCAAGUGCACCUCUAAUAUAUGCCUUACAAACUCCAGAGGCCAUAUUCAAAACAGGGUCUUCUCAGUGUAUGCAAGGGGCUGCAGCCCCUCUUCUCUUCCUCCCCAGGUUGAACAAUACGGACAGUUUUCACACAUAUCUACCUGUAUAACCCUCUGUACCUCUCAUAACUGGUCAACGACUGUAACAGGUUACAUCAGGUGUUUUUCUACAUACUUUUUACACAGAUUCUAUGCGAUUAAUGUAAUUUAAUUCAAUGCAUCAUUUUAUUGUACUAGUUCUUAGGCUUGUCCUUAUUUUUUUCUAAGUGAUUGUGGUUUUUCUCGUGGUUUUUAUUGUAAAAAUGAAAGGCUGUUGAUGCUUAUUCUCUGUAACUAAGAAUUUUUACCUUUUGGGGAAAAAAAGCAUUGCUAUGAACUAAUGAAUUGAAACUUCAUUUACUCAUUGUAAAUACACUAUUGUGCAAAAAAAAUUUUCACUCAAUUGAAUUGCUAGUGUUAACUGAAUUUUGUCUAGACACCAUUUCUGUUGAUGAAAUAAAGACAUAUCAUUAUGCAUUGU